CAGUGGCAAAUAGCUUUAGAUACCUAUUAGGUCCAUAAAUUGACAUAUAGCAUAUAUCCAACUUAUAUUGUAGGUCGAUCAAAUGUCUUGGCCAUUUGUUCUGUCAUAUUUAUUGGCUACUAGGUACAUCUGCAUUGGCCGCAUUUUCACAUUACCAAACUAUGGUUUAGUGCAAACACACUGGCUCCCAGGUAAGAGCUCACUUUUCCCCUCCUCAGUCAUUGGGAUCUUGGUUAAACUCUCUCCUUAAGGUUUGUUGUUGGCUACAGAUCAUGGUUAAGGAGAGAGAGCUUAUCCACAAUCCUGGGUUUGGACAACAUGCUAAGUCAAACCUUGAUUUGCACUGCACUGAGUUACAGGACCUGACGAGAAGCAAAGUGGGUGUGAGAUCAUCUCUGGGAGCCACCAUUAUCAUGUAGUCCCAGAAAGCCAUUGUGUGGCUUUCCUUGAUUUGCAAGGCAGGUCAUUUUCUCAUUCCACUGUUACAGCUACAGGUACAUCAUGCUCUACUUUCUACCUAAAGUGGGCUUCCCCUCUGUUUCCAUACAUAAUUGCCUUGCUGUGGUUUCAGGUAUAUUUUGUUCACUAGCGUUAUUUGUUUUAUUUUUAUUUAUUUAAUUUAUAGCCCACCCUCUGUGCCAAAGGAGCCCUGGGUGGUAUGAAGCACUUAACUACUUUUUUAUCACACUGAGUGGAGAUGGAGAUCAAGUAUCAUUUUCUUCUUGCAUGAAUCAGCAAGUUAAUUGCACAAUUCAUAAAAUAACAAACCUAGUUGGUCUCUAAGGUGCUACUGGAAGGAAUUUUUUAAAUUUUGUUUUGACUACGGAAGACCCAACACGGCUACCUACCUGUAACAUAAAAUGACAAUUAGCUUUAAUUAAAUGGGAUCCUCUUUUUUUUAAACCACAUUUUCUCCUAAAUUCUGACCGCACAAUCCCAUAACUGGUAGGAGAAAUUUAGAAUGAACUUCUUAUUUAGUUCCCAGUUGUGGGGAGAAUCUAAAUGAAGUCAUGAAUUCUCUCGUGGUCUGAAUAGUUCCGCAAUAGCAAAUGACUUGCCUCCAUUAAGACUUAAAAUAAAAGCUUGGUUUCCCCAAGGAAUCUUGAAAGCUAUAGUUCUGUGAAGGCGGGUGUGGGCAGGAACUUCUAAUAUAAUUCUUGGUAUCCUCUCUAAAGUUAAAAUUCCCAGGAUCCUUUUUGGGAAACCACAGUAGUUCAAUUUUAACUGAUAACAAGGCUCAUAAAUGUGUAGAUUUGCACAAAAAGUAGGUGUCAGGUCAGGUUUGUAGGAAUAUGCUUCUUUUUAUUAUUCUGACCCUGCAUGCUAGAUAAUCGACAAAUAUGACUAACCUUCUUUUCUGCUAUUCCCCAGGCUCUAACUUUGCAUCUUGGAAAGAACACCUAUCUGCACGACACUUCCUUUCAUGAAUGUUCUAGUGAACUGUACGUUUUGUUGUCUGAGACACUAUGUUUGCAGUUUAUUUUUAAAAAUAAAUAACACCCCCCUAUUAGCCCAGUGCAUGCCCAGUGAAGUCAUGCUCUGUAGUCAUGCAGUGUUGAUCAUUGGUUGAAAAAGAAAAGGGAGAGGAAUGAAAUGGACUAUGCUAAAGAAGAGAGUAACUGGCUGGAACCUUGAACAGGAGCUCUCCUGGUAGGAGGCAAGGAUAUAUUGGGCCAGAUUCAACUAAAUAAAUAGUCUAAAUAAAUAGUCGUGCUACUGGGAACCAGCACAAGUCAUCUUAGCACAACAGGGCUUCCCCCUGGUCUUCUGCAUGCCCUCUGUGUCCCCAUCAGUUCUUGCAGAUUUAACAGUUGAUGUUCCUGGCUAUGGAAAAGUGGUUGUGGAUGUUGGAUAUGGUGGCACUUUCUAUGCAUUUGUCAGUGCUGAUCGAUUGGGACUUGAUCUUUCUUCUUCAAGGAUUAGGGAUCUAGUAGAUGCAGCAUCUGCAGUAACUGAAGCAGUAAAGGCUCAGUUCAAAGUUCACCAUCCUGAGAUUGAAGACACAGCUUUCAUUUAUGGGACUAUCCUGACAGAUGGGAAAGAUGCAUUUAGUGAUGAACCAACAAGCAACAUAUGUGUGUUUGCAGAUGCACAGGUUGACCGAAGUCCUACCGGGUCGGGUGUGACAGCUCGCAUUGCUCUACAAUACCAUAAAGGACUCAUUCAGCUGAACCAGACCAGGACCUUCAGAAGCAGUACAACUGGUUCCCUGUUCACUGGAAAAGCAAUAAAGGAAACCAAAUGUGGUGACCACAAUGCUGUUAUUGUAGAAGUCUCUGGAGAAUCCUUUUAUACUGGAAUGUCAACCUUCACUUUUGAGGAGGAGGACCCACUGAAAUACGGUUUCUUUCUUAAGUGACUGUGCUACUAUGCUGCUUCCAAUAACCCUGUUUACUUUGAUAUGUGUAUUUUGCUUUCUUUUAAUUGCUGGCAUUACCUUCUAUCUUACUGGUGAUUAAUGCUCUCAUUCAGUUUCACCAAAGUGGUUCUGAAGCUCCUUGUCUGUAUAUAAAAUGUAAUAGGAGAUAGUGUGGCACUAUGACUUAAGACUGAACUGUGAGUCUACGCCCUUCCCAUCUUCAGUAGGGAGAUGAUAAUACUGACAUGCUUUACAAAGUUGUAAAGAUUACCAAGAUACAUAUAUAAAUGCUUGUUCCUGUUACUAGCAGUAGGCUGGUCAAGAUUGAUAAGCAGGUAAGGGAUGGAGGUUUCUUCCCCUUUCUCCAAACCCACAGGCUCAUUCACCUGGUCUGGUCUGAUAAAGAAUAAAAUGAAAGCUCAUUUAUGUGGGAGAUUCUCUUGGGGGGGGUGUUGAACGUGUCUUUGCCAUUAGCCUCCAACCCUUGAGAUCAGAGCUUGGGCAUACCUGUAUAACCCCACAAGUUUUAUCUGGGUAGUGUUGCACCUUCUUGACCAAAUACUCUGAUUAUCCUUGAAACACCUACAUGUUCCCCUCCUGUCUGCUUGGCACUUUCAAUUUCAACUUGCGUGACUUUGUAAAAACAUGUCAAACUAGUUAAAAACAGCAACUUAGAAGACCUCUGAAGGCUUCAAAACUGUUCCGAAGCCAGCUUGUUUUGGCUGCCGCAGUUUUGGAGCCAAGCUGCUUCAAAUUCCAAGUUUGAUUUUUUCAAAGGUGAGGGUCCUACCUCUGAUUUGUGUCCUGCCUGAAGUGAAUGCAGUACCCUAAUGAACAAGACUGCGAAAUAACCCCUGCAGCUGGCCAUUUUUAUAUUCAAAGUGCUACAGAAUUUGUAUGUUACAUUUCUUAGAGCUUUUUGAUGGCUGUUAUGUCUCUUUAUGCUGCUUUCAUUGCUGGACUUCUUUAACCUUUUCUGUAAUGCUGCAGUGCAGGUGCAAAUGUGUGAACGCAAUACUUUAACAUUUCCCUUCUUUGUGUGACGUUCCUGGGAUAUCAACAGGCACCUGAUUAAAGAACCUGUUAUAAGUUCUUUAUUUCAUGUAACAGACUCUAGCAAUAAGUCAAGCUCUGGAAUCCUGAUUCUCAAAAGAGGAAGAAGGUAUGACUUCCGCACCACAAGCUUCAUUUAAAAUGUGCUUUAGUUUUAACAUUUAAAUUUAUCAGUAUUUUAGUUAAUAUUUUAUAUUAUCUUAUGUAAAAACCACUUAGGGCUUUUUGUUUUUAAGUGGAAUACUAAGCAUGCUGCAGCCCCACCUUGUAAAAUAAAAUUAAAGAAUUAUGUCAUGAUACUAUGCUUUCUAUCUAUAAUAAAAAAUUAAACAUCGCCUCUUUAA